CAAAACUACUUUCCAAAAAGUUGAAGAGGAAUGCAAGCAAUAAAAAUGCAGAAUGUGAAGCUAAUGCAUGUGAGAAUGGGAAGGCAAGCCUUCUGGAAGAUAAGGAGCUUUGUCUUCAUGCUGCUGCCUCAAAGGGACCUACAAGAGAUAAACAGGUGCAGGACAACCAGAGGAGGCUGGCGGCUCUGGAGGAGAGGCACAGGGAGAGAGAACUGCAGAAGAAACUCAUCCAAGGAGCUCUUUCAAACCUGCCAGGCAGCAGGGAAGCACAAACACAUCGUAUUCGAUUCAGAUGUGGAAAAUGAGGCUGAAGUGGGUGAGACGUUGAAAAAAGAUGGAAGUUUGGGAAAUAUGCAUGGAGAAGAUAAAUCUGCUCCCAAAGCUUCAGGCAAACUGUUUGACAGCAGUGAGGACGAGCAGGACGACACGGACGAUGAGCGAUUCAAAAUUAAGCCCCAGUUUGAAGGCAAGGCUGGGGAAAAACUCCUGAAGCUGCAAUCCCGAUUUGGCACCGACGAAAGAUUCCGCAUGGACGCUCGGUUCCUGGAGAGUGACAGUGAGGAGGAGGAAGGUAAACCUGGCCAUAUUUCCUGGGGGUAG